CUUGAUGGUGCGCUCUUGGCAUGUCUCUUCUGUUUUCUGAUUGUUCACCUAGUUUGGGGUUAAUCUUCAAGCUACAUGGCAGGAACCUAACAUUAGUUUAUUCAUACCAAGGGGAGCCUCUGUUGAAAACCUAACCCCCAAACUCUCUGCCUGCAUUUAGUUGAUACACUCCAGUCACAACAACACCUCCUAUCUGUAUGGUGAUUCUGUUGAGCUCCAGAGUUUCAUACCCUCUCUUCACUUCUUUCUAGGCAGCAAAGUUCACGUCUCACAUUAACAUCAUUUCAAUGUACAGCCAGGCUUAAUAAUUCACAGUAUUUCUAUUUGCAUCGCCUUCAUAUAAUGAUCCGUCUUUGUGAUACGAGCUUUAUCUUGUUUGCUUUCACCGCACUUGUGACUGUUUGACUGUGUCGAGGAUGUUCGCUAUGAAAGUGACCAAAUCUUUUCUUCUGGGCUUGAGGAAUGUCUCCCGGCGAAGAAAUGUGUUCCCUGAGGCUGCUGCAAGGCUCCAGCACAGUCAGGCCCGUCCAGAGACCUCCAACGCCAAGACCUUGAUGGACAUCGGGACCCGCCGGAUCUUCAACGAGGACCAUGAUAUCUUCAGACGAAGUGCCCGCCGCUUCUUUCAAGAGGAAGUGAUUCCAUACCACAACGAGUGGGAGAAGGCAGGUCAGGUGAGCAGGGAGGUGUGGGAGAAGGCUGGGGAGCAAGGCAUGUUGGGAGUUAUGAUCCCAGAGGAGCAUGGCGGCAUCGGAGCCGACCUGUUUUCUGCGGCCGUCAUGUGUGAGGAGCAGAUGUAUUCUAACUGCUCAGGCCCAGGUUUUGUCCUGCACUCCGACAUUAUCAUGCCCUACCUCUCUAACUUCGGGAGCGAGGAACAAAUUAAACGCUUCAUCCCCGACAUGACUGCUGGGAAAUGCAUCGCCGCUGUGGCCAUGACGGAGCCGGGAGCGGGCAGUGAUCUUCAAGGUGUGAAGACGUACGCUAAGAAGGAUGGCAGCGACUGGAUCCUCAAUGGCAACAAGGUGUUCAUCUCAAACGGCUGGAUGGCCGACCUGGUGGUGGUAGUUGCCGUGACAAACAGAGAGGCGAAGACGGCGGCACACGGCCUCAGUCUGUUCCUGGUGGAGAAUGGCAUGAAGGGCUUCCAUAAAGGACGCAAGUUGGAAAAGAUCGGUCUGAAGGCCCAGGACACGGCUGAACUGUUUUUUGAUGAUGUGCGGCUCCCGGCUGACGCCAUCUUGGGGGAGCCCAACAAGGGUUUCUACUACCUGAUGAAUGAACUGCCUCAGGAGCGUCUGUUGAUUGCGGUCAUGGCCAUAGCGGGCUGUGAGUUCAUGUUUGAGGAGACCAAGAACUACGUCAUGCAGAGGAAGGCUUUCGGCAAGACAAUCGCGCACCUACAGACCGUGCAACACAAGCUGGCCGAGUUGAAGACCGAAAUCUGCGUGGGCCGGGCCUUCGUAGAUAACUGCAUUCUGCUCCACGCUGAGAAACGCCUCGACGCCGCGACCGCUUCCAUGGCCAAGUUCUGGGCUUCUGACCUCCAGAACAAGGUGGCCACUCAGUGCCUGCAGCUCCACGGAGGCUGGGGCUACAUGUGGGAAUACCCCAUUGCUAAGGCGUUUGUUGACUCCCGUGUUCAGCCCAUCUAUGGAGGCACCAAUGAGAUCAUGAAAGAGCUCAUCGCCCGCACCAUUGUUGGCUCGAAGUGAAAAAUGUGGAUGUUUUUAUGGUAGAGGAGCACUGAUCUGUUAAAAGAAAAUAGCAUACGACACAAAAUUCCUGAUUUCUUUUUUACUUUGAAAUAAGAAAUACAAUUUUAUAACUCAGUAUUUAUAUAUUAUAUAUUAUAUAUUAUAUAUAUAUUAUACUCAGUAAGCACUUUUAGAUCGAGAAAUAACUUUUUGUAUAUUAAAAUAAUAUAUUUUUAUUAAAUGAAUAUAUUGGCAGUAUCUCCUCUUGCCCACUAGAUGGCGCUUUAAGGCAAAGGAAGCUGGCUGAGAGUUUGGCAGUCUGGAGUCUUGUUGAUACAUGAGCUUCAAGGUUUCAGAACCCAGUUUGUAAUACUGCAAAUAUAUAAAUAUUAUAAUACUUUCAUCAGUUUGUCAGCGAUUGAUAGUACCUCAGCAGACAAUAUUUAAUGAAUAUUUAUAUUCAUAUUUUAAUGAACGUAUGGGGCAUGGGGUGAGGCACGGGGGAGAAGGGAUGACCGCUCAUCAAAUGAGGGUAGAUCCCUCCCUUCCCACCGCCACCUCAUUCAGUCACACCAUCACUGGCCCAGCAAUGCCUAAGGUGCUGGAGAAUGGUCGUGGAUAAGACCGCCACAAGUCUCCCACCUCCCUGAAAAGUUUUAUUUAUUGUCACUCUGUUCAUUUCAGAAUAAACUUUUCCAACGUACAUCCCA